GCUGUCUGUCAGGCAUACCCGCCUGCCUCCACAUUCAGCACAGACGAAAUCCUGGACCUGUCUGGUAAAGUUAUGAUUGUGCCAGACAGGUGUGCAAUGUCGUGUCGUCGACUUGAGCAGGCAUUUCUCAAACACAAUGCUAUGGCUUUUGAGGCCUCUCGCAACAAAAAGAAAGCAGACAUGGCUAUCAACGACCUACGAAGGCAGACUGGCAAGCAAGUGACCUGCUUGGAACUGGACUUG